UCUUGUUACCCUUUAAAUACGAGCAUUCGCGGCUGCAAUUUAGAAGUAGCAGUGUGCUCCUCCACAACUCUAAGCUACAAUGGGGAUCGAUCUAAAAGCUGGUGGUAAGAGCAAAAAAACUAAACGAACAGCACCAAAAUCCAAUGAUAUCUACCUCAAGCUACUCGUCAAGCUAUAUCGCUUUCUUGAUCGAAGGACGGACAGCAAUUUCAAUUCUGUAAUACUCAAGCGCUUGUUCAUGAGCAAGGUCAACCGACCUCCAAUUUCUUUAUCAAGGGUGAUCGAGUACUUGAAGGGGAAGGAUGGUAAAAUUGGUGUUGUCGUUGGUGCUGUAACUGAUGAUAUCAGAGUAUAUGAAGUCCCAGCAAUAAAAAUAGCUGCACUCAGGUUUACAGAGACUGCACGUGCAAGAAUAGAGAAAGCUGGUGGUGAAUGCUUAACAUUUGAUCAACUUGCUCUUAGGGCUCCCCUUGGACAGAACACGGUUCUUCUAAGAGGCCCAAAGAAUUCUCGUGAAGCAGUGAAACACUUUGGUCGUGCUCCUGGUGUGCCACACAGCCAUACCAAGCCUUAUGUAAGAGCGACGGGAAGGAAAUUUGAGAAGGCUAGAGGAAAGAGGAACAGCAGAGGAUUUAGGGUUUGAGUGGAUUUUUUUUGUUGAUAAACUAGGGUUUGAGUGGAUAAUUUUGUUCAGUGUCUUUUAAUAGUUUUGAUACUCUUGAAAUUCAACUUUUGAUUUAUCAAUAUACAGUUUGUUAUAUUUAUCUUAACAAAGAUUCAGUAA